ACCGCGGACCGCGACGGACGCACGGAAAAUCAUCCCCUCUCAACGCGCGUUUUAGUUCAAUUCGCUUCGCGUUCUGUGGAACACGAUACAGACAGUGUCGAGUGAAGUAAAAUAUAAAACUACUGCGUUCCCGGUUAGUGUGUGGCGUGUGAAAUAGUGCUAAAGAUAAGAAAGCUGUGAAUUAGUCGGUGAAAGAAAAGAAAAAGGUGCAGGUGGAAAGCGCGAAGAAGCUUUCCCAGUCCAAUUGGAAAGGAAGGUAAAUUGUGGCGGGAAGCAAAAAAGAAAAAAAUAAAUAAACCAACAACGACACGCAAAUCGACAUCCGGCGCCGGAGAAACCCGCAGCCUCAGGUCGAAGUGUGAGACGAACCGAACGACCGGACAGGGCCGAUCCCGGAAUUAAGCAACGAAAAACGACCCGGAACCGUCGGCGGACCGGUGUGCAGUCACACAUCGCAAACGAGCGGAAUAAAACAAUCAAUAGGAAGCGGUAGCAGGCAGUAGGAAAACGAUACCGGAAACCCUGCGACAAGCGUAAGCGGAGAAGCUGCGCGGGAAAGCAAUCAUCGGGAAAAGCCCACGGCGAGGAAGCGAAAGGCUGAGCCCAGUCCAGAGACCGGCGGGACGAAGGUUCGAUGUAUCAAGGAUGAAGCAGAUCGAUCGACUGCUGGACAAAUGCCUCCGACGCCACGGAGCCCUGGUGCUGCUCGUGGCCGGACUGCUCUGUCUCCAGAUUACCGCUAGCACACCGUUAGACGAAACCAGCACCAGUAGUGGCAGCAUUAGCAGUAGUGAAACGGCCGAAUUGACCGCCUGCCAGCACCUGCGACGUGCGGAAGCUCGUCGUGCGAAAUCGCUGGGCGAUAGUCUGCUGCAAACGGUCCGGAUACCGCGCUGCACCGCCCUGGGGGACUUCGAGCCGGUCCAGUGUUCGAACGAGCUGAACGGGACGGAGUGCUGGUGCGUGGAUGAGUACGGCGUGGAGAUCACGGGCAGCCGGCGCAGCCAUGCGGACGACGUGAACUGUACGCGGGUGGAGAACCACUGUCAGGCGUCGAGCUGCCGGAUGUUCUGCCCUGCCGGCUUUGCCAAGGACCCGUCGUCCGGGUGUCCAGUGUGCCGCUGUCGGGAUCCGUGCGAGGACGUGCAGUGCCCGCGGGGGCAACAGUGCGAACCCCAGGAGGUGCAGUGCAAGACGGAACCCUGUCCUCCAAUUCCAACGUGUCGUAAGGCACGCAGUUUGAGUGACCUCUGUCCGGCUGGACAACCACUGGCAAUCUCGGGCACUGUGCGCCCCUUCCUAUGCGGUACCGACCCGGGCAAACCGAGCUGUCCCCCGUUGUAUCGCUGCCUAGUUCAGGGUGGCAAUGACUACGGUGUGUGCUGUCCUGCCUCGCUGCAGUUCGAGAAGCCAGGCAGCUGUCCUCGUGCCAACGAGAUCGAGUCAACGGCAAACACUGGUUUCCUGUGUGGGACACCGUGCAGCCACGAUCUCGAGUGUCCGCAGAUGCAGAAGUGCUGCCAGUCGGAUGGAUGUGGCCGGAACUGUCAGCAACCGCCGAACGUCACCGCAUGCCACCAGGCGCGUAUGCUCUCGGAACUGCUUUCGGUGAACGAGCGCGAGGGACGUGGAUAUGUUCCGCAGUGUGAAGGCCCGGGUGGUAGCUUCUCGAUGCGCCAGUGUUCCCGCAACGGGCUCGUUUGCUGGUGCGUGGAUCCGAAGAGUGGUAACAAGCUGAAGGGCACGAUGGGAGCGGCCGGAGCGGUGAGUUGCGAGGGCGUGGAGAAGCUACUCGCGGCAGGACGAGCCGGUGGUCGGAGUGUGGACGGUUCGCAGACACUGUGCGAUCACAACAUCUGCGCCGCCGUGUGUGAGUAUGGCUUCAAGAACGAUCACAAUGGUUGUCCGACAUGCGAGUGCUCCGACCCGUGCGAAGGUUACCUCUGCCCGGCCGGAUCGCACUGUGAGGUAGCGAAGGAUCCGAAGUGCGAAGCGUACUCUGGCCUCUGCUCGUCCGAGCCGGUCUGCAAGCCGGACCUGGUUUACUCGAACCCGUGCGAAAUCGGUACCCCGCUGGCGGACAACUCCACCGGGGAGUUGCUUUUCUGUCAUAUGGAGCGCCUCAAGAGCCGUGAGUACCAAAGCCGUAGCUUCUUCGAUGACGAGGAGCUGGACGAGGAGGAGAAUGGCCGCAAAAGGUCGAUGUCUAAUACGAUCAUCUGCCCGGUCGAGACGCACGAAUGUCGCAAACUUCAUGGUGAGUCCCGGAGCGUCUGCUGCCCUCUGGUAACCGAAGGUGACGAUGAGGAACUCAACGAGGAUCGUCAACAGACCAUGUGCGAGUACCUGCGUGACUUCUCCGACCGAAUGGAGGGCACGGUGGAGGGCAUGGAACUAGCACUACCACCACCGGCUUGCACCCCCGACGGUGGCUACCAGACGAUGCAGUGUGUGACGCGUAAAAUCAAGGUCAAGGUAUGGGAACAGCGCAAGUACAUUGAACAGAACAGCAUCCGUCGGAUGAGGAAAAUGUUGGAAGAUGCGGAAGUGGCCAGUGCCCAAAUUUCAACUCCCGCGACACCCUCCGAUGCACCCAUCGAAACGUCAUCGAGAUCCUCGGCACGGGCACGACGAGCAGCCAACCCAACCCCGGACAAUACGCUGAAGCUCAUUCCCGUUGGUGGGCCGGAACAGCCGGUCAGCUUGUUGCCGGGGUACCCGCAGGCUGGCGUUCAGGCCCGUUCGGCGAAAAUCAUCGAUUUCAAUCGACUAGAGUCGAAGAAUGGCAACGCGAACCUGGACAAACCGGAGAUAAAACCGUCGACCCUGCUGAAGCGUCCUCUGGUUACACCGACGUUGCCCACGCCCGCCCAAGAAGAGCUGGUGGAGGUGGAGGUGGAAGAAUGCUGGUGUGCGGACGGUUUUGGUACUGAGAUUCCGAAAACGCGUGGACUCAACGCAACCACCAGGAGCUGUGAGGCGCUGCGGGAAAGUCUCGGUUGUCUGGAUCUUACCUGCCGCAUGGGCUGCGACUAUGGGUUCGUGCUGGAUCCGGAAACGCAGUGUCCAUCGUGCGAGUGCCGCGAUCCGUGCGAUAGCGUCACCUGCCCCGAUGGCCAAGAGUGCCGCUCGGUGGAGGUUUCCUGCGAGGGCGAAUACUGCCCACCGGUUCCGGCCUGCUUCCCAAAGAAACCGGGUCAGUGUCCGUUCCUGGUACCGCCGGGUGCUGAGAACUCCGAGUCGGAUUCGUGCGAGUACGAGUGCCGUACCGAUGCGCACUGUGAUGGCACGCGCCGUUGCUGUUCGAACGGUUGUGGGACGCAGUGUGUCGAUCCACAGCUGAAGACCGCCUGCCAGCAUCUGCAAACGAUCCAAUUGCACCAAGCGUCGGAGUUGGGCGUUCCACCGAAGCAAAAGUAUAUCGCCCAGUGCGACACCGACGGUAGCUUCCGGACGGUUCAGUGUGGUCCCGGAAACACAUGUUGGUGUGUGGAUGAGUUCGGCAACGAGAAGAGUGGCACCCGGACGGCCGACGGUGGUCCACCAAACUGCGAGCUGUACCCCAAGACGGAAUGUCCACUGCUCAAGUGUCGACCGUGCGAGUACGGUUACCGGAUCGAUGCGAAUGGAUGCAAGACGUGCGAGUGUCGUGAUCCCUGUGGGGAGAUAUCAUGUCCGCGCGGUGAAGAGUGCCAACUGAUACAGGUGGAAUGUAUUUCCGUGCCCUGCCCGAAGAUGCCAAUCUGCGUACCGAUCCGAGAGUCCGUGUGCCCCGAGGGUUUGCCACUGCGGUCCAGUGGGCGGGAGAUUGUCUGUGGACCACAGACCGACGCUGAUACCUGCCCCUCGACACACAUCUGCCAGCUGAAUCCGAUCAGCAACCGAGGUGUUUGCUGUGGAAAGACACGGGACGUUUGCUUCGAGUCUAUUGACCAGAGCUGCCUACAGGUGACGGAUCCAGCGGGAAGCAAUGAACUAGAGAGCAUCGUCCGGUGGCGCUUUAGCCCACGGUUGAACAAGUGUGUUCCAGUGACGCUGCCACGGGGUGUCUUCUGCCAGUCGAAGAACCUGUUCCACAGCGAGCAAGCCUGCAACGGUGUCUGCCCGGUACUGUCCCAGUGUGAACGGCUGAGGCUCAAGAACGCGAUGGCGGCGAAGAGAGCCGGUCAACCGAACACCUGGUUCCAGCCGCGUUGUGACCCCGAGACGGGCUUCUGGAGUCCGGUGCAAUGUUUGGGAUCGAUGGGAGCACCUCCGACGGCGAACGGAACGCACGAAAGCAUCACAGGGCAAAUGGUGGAAGCACCAUCCGUUGGUGUGUGCUGGUGCGCGGACAAAAAGGGUGCACCGGUGAAGGGUUCACUGACGAAGGGUUCCGAACCAAAGUGCAGCAGUCGGCAGGCGCGACGCCGCGGGGACUCGGUCGAGUCAGCCUCCAGUCAGGAUCCAGUGAUGGAAGAACUGAUCCGUCAGAUUACGUUCCUCGUGGACGAAAACAACUAUCUGGUGGACGAGGACCUAGAACCGGUUCCUCCAGUGUCUGUCGCUAGCGGUGCCAACUACGCCCCGGAACCGCGCUACAUCGGUUCGGUUUCGUCCGUCACGGAACGAGUGAUCGAGCUGGCUAGGACAGCGGAAAGUCGCAACUUUAUCAGUGACACCAGUGACGGUCCGGUUGCCAAGCGGCUACGUACCUCUGUUACCCGCUGCCAGGCACUCCAGCUGGCCGCCUCGUUCCCUGUGGCUUGCGAUAUCGCCGGUUCCUUCGAGCCAAUGCAGUGCAACGGUGACACUUGUUGGUGCGUUGACGCAGCCGGCAACCAACUUCCCCUAUCGAGCACCUUCCCACGUGGCCAACGUUCCUGUCUCUUCACGCCGAUCGACGUAGUCGAGAUUGAGCUGCGGCUGAACAAUAUGCAGCGCCAGCGACCACUGCUGCACGUGUACGAAACCCUGCGCACCGAACUAUCUACCCUCGUCGGCAACAUCUACGACAACUACCGUGUCCAGGAGAACGCCGACGGUAGCGUGACGCUCCGGUUCGAUCUAAUCGAGCCGUCCAAGGUGGACGAUGCGUACGCCAUCGAGGAAAUGGUACGGGACGGAACGUUCGCGCUCUACCGCGGCCAGCUCGUCGCCGACAUGACGCAGUCCCGUUUCGCGCAUCGCGUCUCAUCCGGCCAACCGCUCGCGCAACCAUCUUCCGGAGGCGUGCCGGAGAACACCUUCCAGACGAUCGUGUUCGUGCUGGCGACCGCGUCCGCCUUUCUGGUCGCCGUGUUCGUCGUGUUCGUGAUGCUCAAACGUGGCCGCAGCACGAAGGCGAAGCACUACACGGGCGGGGGCGACAAAAUCUUUGCCAUCGGCGCCGACAAGUACGUCGACUACAGUUCGCCCAUCUUUGUGCUCAGUGCCAACGACAGCAAAUCCCUGCACCAACCACAUGCCGACCGUUCCGACUAAACAAGCACGCGGUGCAUGUCCCGAUUUCAAAACGGCCGCGUGGACCGGAUGCCGGUGCGGAUUGUUGAAUUUUAUACUGUACAUAUUAUGGAUGUUCUCUACGCCGUCGGAGCAGCAAGAAAGCACUAGGCAUACCGUUUACGUCAGCAACA